CACACACCCGGGGUGUAUUCUCCUUUAAAUCUGAGCUCAGGCAGCCUCAGCAGCUCUGAACACCAUGGACUGAGAAASCUCACCGUGGGAAGCGAUGAUCAGAUUUAUUUAUGGAAAUGGAUUUGACACCUAAAUUCUCUUCGAAGGACGAAGAAAUUGACUUCUGGAAGGCGCUUUCUCUUAAGUACAAGAAAGGCUGCGAGAAGGCUCGGGAGGAGCUGCUGGAGUUCCAGGAGGGGAGCAGGGAGCUGGAGGCCGAGCUGGAUGCUCAGCUGGGUCAGGCCGAGCAUCGGAUCAAAGACCUGCAGUCUGAGAACCAAAGACUCAAGAAUGAGGUGGACACACUCAAGGAGAGACUGGAGCAGCAGUACUCUCAGAGCUACAAGCAGAUCUCAGUGCUGGAGGACGACCUGGGCCAAACACGCAGCAUCAAGGAGCAGCUCCACAAAUACGUCCGAGAGCUGGAGCAGUCCAACGACGACCUGGAGAGAGCCAAAAGAGCCACCAUCGUGUCUCUGGAGAACUUCGAACAGCGUCUGAACCAGGCCAUCGAGAGGAACGCCUUCCUGGAGAGCGAGCUGGACGAGAAGGAGUCCCUCCUGGUCUCGGUGCAGAGGCUGAAGGACGAAGCCAGAGACCUGCGGCAGGAGCUGGCCGUGCGCGAGCGACAGGCGGACGUGAACAGGAUGUCCGCUCCCAGCUCGCCCACACAGGACAACGUGAAGAUGGACUCGGCUGUGCAGGCGUCCCUGUCCCUCCCCGCCACCCCGCUGAGCAAAGGUCUGGACAACACCUUCUCCAACCCGACAGUUCUGUCUAACGGCUACAGCAGCAACUCCCCUCUGACUCCCUCCGCCAGAAUAUCGGCACUCAACAUCGUCAGCGAUUUACUSCAGAAAGUCGGGGCUCUGGAGUCGAAGCUCGCCGCCUGCAGAAACUUCGCCAAAGACCAGAAAUCCAGGAAGUCGUUCGCCCUCGACAACAGCAACGUGCUGAACGCCAACACCACCUUCCACACCUCGUAUUUUGACAAAGCCAGGACUGUGACCAGGCUCGAACCCGGGUCCCUGAAGGCCAUCACCGCCCCUCCUGCCGCCUUCUCUCCUGGUUAAGGCCCCGCCCCUCACCGUGCCGUCCGAUCGGGUCUGUUCUUUUGUUCCUCACUUCUUGUGCUUCGUUUCUGCUUCAACGAGAGCUCUGUGUGUAAAUAUUAGAUGUUUCUGCUGUUUUCUCUCUCUGGCUCAGACAAAAACUUCACGAGUGCACUAUAUCUCCUAAAAAAGGGAUAAGUUAUGCAAUGACUGUUUUGUUAUUUUCUUUAAAUAAACAUSAGUUUAAGAGAGGGAAAAUUAAAAAAGGCAAGUUUAAAACACAAAGGAGGCUCGUCUUUGGAACUAAAUGUUGACGAUAUGAACUCUGCUGUUUAGAACUGUUACUGUGUGACUUUUGUAUUUAUUAAAUAUAUUAACUUAAAAGGUUUCAAAGCUAAAGAAAGUCUUUGUGGUGAGUCUGAACUUUGUGGCACAAAGUAUUUAUGGGUCAUAUUGAUCGUUGAGGAGCUGCGUUCGUUGUUCAGACCUGUCAGUCAUUGAUUCCUCACCUGGUUUCUGACACCAGCUGGUUCCAGAUCCAAACACCUGUCAUUCUGAUGUGUGAUGACUUGUUUAUUGUCUGUGGGGAUUGUUUUAUAACAGCAUGUAUCAAUAAAAAGUGUGAUYAUAAUUCA